AAGUAAUUAGUCCCUUUCCUGCUGGCCAAAGCAGGCUAUGAUUCAUCGCCCAUUAGUGCUUCCAUCACCUCCCUUCUCGUUUCUCCCAGAGUAUAUAAACACAUCAAUGUAACAAAGCUGUUCAAAUCUUGCCCCCUUGGCUUCCUUUCCUCUGGUUUGUCUUCCUCCUCCACUGUCUUCUUGUGCUCGUUUGAGGUCAAUACGUCGAAUAAGUCGGUACUUGGGAGUGACCGCAGCGAUGGCGAGAGGGCAAGCCGCGCCGCUCCUCCCGGCGAGGAAGUCGGGCCGCGACGAUGGUGAUGACGAGCUCCGUGGCCUCCGAUCCUGCCUCCGGUGGAUGUGCCACGACCAGUCGGACGCCGGCCUCGCGGUGGUCUCGUGGGUGGCUUUCUUUGUCCUCGCCGUGGCCAUCCCAGCGGUGUCCCACUUCGUGCUCUCAUACCGCCCCGACCGCCGCCCCUACGACCUCGUAGUCCAGCUCUCCCUCUCCGCGGCCGCCGCGCUCUCCUUCCUCACCCUCUCCUCCGCCACCCGCCGCUACGGCCUCCGCCGCUUCCUCCUCCUCGACAAGCUCCCCAGCCAGAGCCCUCGCGUCCGCCUCGCCUACACCGCCCAGCUCCGCCGCUCCUUCCGCCUCCUCGCUCUCUUCGUCACCCCCUGCUUCGUCGCCGAGGUCGCUUACAAGUCCUGGUGGUACGCCUUCAGCGCCGACCGGAUCCCCUUCCUGGGGAACCCGGUGGCCACCGGCUGCGUCGCGUGCGCGCUGGAGUUGGCUUCGUGGAUCUACCGCACCGCGAGCUUCUUCGUGGUGUGCGUGAUGUUCCGAUCGAUUUGCCAUUUGCAGAUCCUGCGGCUGCAGGAGUUCGCGGCGGUGUUCCAGGAGGAGUCGGAGGUGAUGGUGGUGCUCAAGGAACACCUCCGCGUGCGGAGGCAGCUCAGAGUUAUUAGCCACCGGUUCCGGGGGUUCAUCCUCUUGGGAUUGAUAAUGGUGACGGCCAGCCAAUUCGCGGCCGUCUUCGUCACCACCCGCCCGCACUCCGAUGAUAGCCUCUUCAACACCGGAGAGCUCGCGAUCUGCUCAUUUGCGCUUGUGACUGGACUCCUUAUAUGCUUACGUGGUGCGGCCAAAAUCACCCACAAAGCUCAAGCACUCACAAGCCAUGCUGCAAAGUGGCAUGUCUGUGCCACCAUUGAGACUUUUGCUGUAGAUCCUGAGACACCCUCUGAAGCUAUUUCCAAGGCUAGUUCUGAAUUCCCAGUAACCAAUGGCGAUGAGGACUCUGAUGAGGAAGAGGGCAGUGAGGAGGAUGAACUGGAAGGGACGAAGAUUGUACAAUCCCAUGCUCACACCAUUUCCUUUCAAAAGAGACAAGCACUCGUGACAUAUCUGGAGAACAACAGGGCAGGGAUCACCAUAUUUGGAUUCACAGUUGACCGGUCUUGGCUUCAUACGGUAUUUAUGCUUGAAACUACUCUGUUCUUGUGGCUUUUGGGCAAGACAAUCGGGAUCUCUUAAGCCAGUAUCAUCUCCUUAAAUAAUUUCACUCUUGUUCUUUCCCUUCUUAUUCCUGUUUACAGAAAGGUUAUGAUUAGGCAUGCUUUCAUUCUUUUGAGAGGUGAAAGCAUUUCUUGAGGCUUUAAUGUAUAUAAUCUUACAGAGAUGUUGUCUGUGUUUGGUGUCCAUCUCUCCCCUUAGUUGUUCUUGAUGCUAGUUCUGCAUUCAGUCGCUUGGAUCUUUUGUCUGUGUAUUACAUUUUUGUUAGCUAAAAUUAGUUUAUGCAUCUAAAUUUGUACCAGUUUAUUCAAA